AUGGCUCGGGAGCAAGAUUCAUUACAAUGGUCAUCCAAGUUCUUGGUUGCUCCACCACAGCGCACACCUAAGUUACCUGGAGAUAAGAUUACUCUGCCACAAUCGGCCCUCGAGCAGCUUCUGGCUGCUGCUCCGUUGAGCGACGUGUCGUCUCAGGGUUCCUCGCGCCAAUACACCAGUACAUUUGAUCCAUUCAAUCCUCACACAUUCGCCGCCGAAUCGCGAGCUCGAGCGCAGCAUCUAGACCGCCAAAAGCAGUUACCUCAUCCACUGACUUUCCGACUCGUGAACCCCAAAAAUGAUCGUGCAAUAUAUGCAGGGAUACGGGAGUUCUCAGCUGAAGAGGAAGAAGUGGGUCUCAGCGCUUUUCUGCGACGGGCUCUUGACAUCGAGGAUCAGCUGUUUCAAUUACAAACCGGUGAACAUGUGACAGAGACGGCGCCUUCUGCGGAUUUAAACAAUGGAGGAAGAUCAGAAUCUGUUCGCUCGAUCAGCCACUCAGCCCCCACAGUUACAGUCCAUGCCAAGCAGUUGCCAAAAGGCACCUAUGUUCGCCUACGCCCUCUCGAAGCUGGAUACGACCCAGAGGACUGGAAAGCUUUGCUGGAGCGAUAUUUACGUGACAAUUUCACUACUUUGACUACCGGGGAACUCCUUUCGGUGUCUGGGAAUCGGAACGAACUGUUUAGAUUUCUCGUCGACAAGGUGGAACCCGAAGGCGACGGCAUUUGCAUCGUGGAUACAGAUUUGGAAGUUGAUAUUGUGGCGUUAACUGAAGACCAGGCAAGAGAGACAUUGCAAAGGCGGUUAGAGAAAGCUUCUCGUGCUCCUGGCACCAAAGGGGGCAGCUCAAUAGGCGGGGUUCUCGCCCUGGGAGAGACAGUCACUGGACAGGUGAUCCCGGGCGAAUACGUGGACUACGAACUCAGCAAAUGGGAUCGUGAGGAGAUGAUCGAAAUUGAACUUGAAGGAAUAGAUGACGCAGUUGUGUAUUUGUUCGCAAGUCCGUUCUCCUCGCGUCAGCGGAAUCGACCCCGGUUGGACGAGCACGUUUUUGCCGACUUCUCAAGCCAACCGUCAAAAAAGCUUCAUAUCCGGCCAACAAAUGUUGAACUAGACGGGGCCGAGGCGUUGUAUCUUUCGGUACAUGGCUAUGCUCAAACCGAGGCUGGUGACGGGAUGGCGUCAAUCCAGACCUUACCACUUCGUUAUAGCAUCCGGGUCGUGCAAAGCUCUUCAACCGUUGAAGAGGUGCAACGGACGGGAGACCGGCCAGAUACUCAUGAGCCCGGCGAUGUGCAGUGUAAGAACUGUCAUCAGUGGGUGCCUCAGAGGACGCUUGUUCUUCACGAGAACUUUUGUUUGCGCAACAAUGUGCUUUGUCCUCAGUGCGGCAAUGUCUUCCAGAAGCGCUCUUCAGAAUGGGAAAAUCAUUGGCACUGCCCUCAGGAUUCGUCCCACGGUAAUGAUCUUUCUAGCAAACAUAGGCAUGACAGUAUCUUCCAUACCAGGCGCUCAUGUCCUGGCUGUGGAUUCGAAGCCGACAGCCUUCCGAGCCUCGCUCAACAUCGCACGACUGUAUGUCCAGAGAAGCCAAUUCUAUGUCAAUUCUGUCAUCUGGUAGUACCGCAGAGAGGGGAGACAGACCCUGACAUGCUCGACCCUGAGGUGUUGUUGUCCGGUCUCACUCCGCAUGAGUUGGUUGACGGCGGCCGGACGACAGAAUGCCAUCUCUGCAACAAAAUCAUUCGACUCCGGGAUAUGAAGACACACCUGCGCCACCAUGAUCUCGAGCGUCUCUCUCGACCAACGCCCCGUAUUUGUUUGAACCAGAACUGUGGCAGAACGCUCGAUGCACGCGUAGUGCAGAGCACAAUCACCCCAGGAACCGACACGCUAGGCCUCUGCAGUAUCUGCUUCGGACCUCUUUACGUAGAUACAUACGAUCCCGAAGGAAAAUCGCUUCGUCGCCGCAUCGAGCGCCGAUAUCUCUCCCAGCUGAUGUCAGGAUGCGGUAAGCCCUGGUGUCAGAACGAGUACUGCAAGACAGGAAAGCAACACAGGCUAUCAUCCAACAUCGGCGAUGGCGGGUCGACGUCGAUGAGCACCGCGGAUAUCUUGACCUUGGUGCGACCCCUGAUAGACGCUAUCAAUCUCCGGAGGGACGCGCCGAACACUGCACCUUUCUUCCUUUGCACCGAUCAAGUCGGCCAGCAGCGACGAAUUCUGGCGGAGAUGAUUGCCGCCGAAGGAGCUAUGACCGGAGGGAAGGCAUAUGAUCUGCCAUGGUGUGUUGCUGCUGUCGAAGCCGCCGCUGGGGAUAUUGACAAAGCACGAGAGUGGCUGACAAAUUGGGCGCCUGCUAAAGAUGAGGACAAACGUUCUAUUAGAUGA